AUGAGUUCCUGUAAAAUUCAAAUUGCACCAGGGGAAUGGAAAGAGGGUUUGGUGGGUUACUAUGACCCGAAAUCAAACCGAUAUUUUGUGCAGAACGAUGACCAAUUUUUCUGGACUCCUGCUGCUUCUGUCCAACUCACAUCGCCUAUGCAACAGAUCCCUGGAGUGUGUGAAACAAACAAAAUCAGACCCAUUGAGGCUGUUACAAACUUGGAUCGGAACGAAGAUGUGAAUUCCGACGACAUUCUAACGAUGAUGCAGAAAUUGGAGUGUGAUUUGCUACAUGCGAACGUCCGCACGGAUAUGCGAAGAAUUGAGUUUGAAUAUAUGCUGCGGAGAGAUCAAAUGAAGAAGAGAUAUCAAGAUGGCUUAUCCACACUCGCUGCAAAGAAGAUUCCAGUAUCUUCGAGUUAUCACCCCUACUCAAAGCAAAAGAUGCAAAAGCAAAUCGCCGCUUCUCAUCCCUCCCAGUUCAAUCAACGUCAAGAACUCCUCCAAUGGGCGUAUAACCACGGUAACACCUGGGCCAAGACCUUUCUGCACACUCGCAACACAAAAAAAGUCCCCGACAAUCUGCGCAUUAAAACCGAUUAUCUUCUGAAACACGAAAACGAUCUUUAUGAAUUUGGCUAUGUGAGCCUUUUCCCUCCAAUCCUUCUCCAAGACACUUUAUCUCGCGUUCACAAUUAUUUAGUGUAUUCCAAGUACACCAAACCACUCGAACGAAAACGCGCAGCAGCGCGCAUUCAAACACACUAUCGAGAGUUUUUUAUUGAAAAAGAGCAGUUUAUUAUUGGCGGCAUUUCUUCGCUUACCUUCUCCGAUCUACAAAAGCUAAAUCCCGUCGUGGAGGAUGUACUGGUUAAUUUAGCGGGCACCGACUUAAUCGUGGUCGAUGACCACAUUCCGCUCCAAGCGGUCGCGAUUGAGUGGAGCGAGGAGCAGAAGUGCUGGUAUAUUCGAGCGAUGUAUCCGAACGUGCAGUUCACUCUUGAAGAGGAGACAACGAUGAGCAUCAACGAGGGUCAAGCGAAGCUGAAGCCGAGCACGUACUUUUCUAUUGGAAGUCAUUCCUUUUCUUUUUCAACGGCAAUCGAUUCUUGGUGUGUUAGUUUUAAACAUGAGCGAUCCGUAUGCCAAUUUAAAUAUUGGAAGAUUGACACUGAAAAGUGGUGUGUUGAAAAAGAAAAAACGCACAAGAAGAAGGAAAAAAGCACAGAAUCUGCAGUUGUUGAAGCGAUUCCGAUUGAAGAAAUCAACUGCAUCCCCACCGAUGCCGAACCAGGAACUGGACGUAUUAUUAGCACCGGAACGGUUGUUUAUGGUAAAGGAACGAAAUUCGUAUCCGAGUUGCGUGUGGGCGAUGCCAUCGCAAUCCAGCAUCCAUCCACACUCGGGGACGAAAUGAGAGUCGUGAAGAUCAUCGCGUCCGAUACGUCUCUAUCUCUCUCCUCUGCAUUUAGCAGUGACUUCUCCACAGAAAUUAAUUUCAUGAUUUACAAAAAGCAGGACGAAUACGUCCCUCCGGAAGUGAUCAAAGAGCGAGAGAAGCAGGAGCGCGAUGCACUGGAGAACUCCGCUUUCGGCAUCUACAAGGGAGCUGGAGGCACCGAGUUCACAUACAAAGUGAAGAAGCAGAGUGCGUAUGGAGGGUGGAAAACGAUUACGAAGAAGACAAAGCGACCCCUCACUCGUGAAGAACUGCUCGACAUGCGAGUGAAGAACAAGUCGGAUCGCUACUGUAUGUGA